AAAGGCUUUUCAUACCACCGCGUGCCUGUCUGCAUGCCUGGUGCUCUCUAACGGAGUCUCUUCUCCACACGCCCCCCGGUCACUCACCCUCAUCAUCAGCGAGGAGCAGUCUGACGCACAGGACCAGCAGAUAGGACUGUUCCCGGGAGUGUGUAGCCACCGCCGUGCAACAUGUUCCCAGCGUGGUGCCGGGGAAUCCGCAUGGGGGGUUCGACGGUACCACCGCGGACCAUGUUUGGAGCUGCACAGGUUGGACAGGUGUGGGUCUCCUGUUGGAUUCUGCUCUUGUCGAUUUGUCUCCCCAGCGCUCAGGCACAAGUGGAUGAUGUACCACCUUAUUUCAAGAUGGAGCCUCCUCAGACCCAGGUUCAUUUGGAGGGAAACCGCCUGGUCCUGACCUGCAUGGCUGAGGGCAGCUGGCCCCUGGAAUUCAAAUGGAUCUACAAUGGCAGUGAGCUUACACGUUUCUCCUUGGAAUACAGGUAUCUGAUCACCUCACUGGACCGAUCCCAUGCUGGCCACUAUCGUUGUAUUGUGAGAAACAGAGUGGGUGCUAUAAUGCAGUGCAGUACUGAAGUGCAGGUUGCCUAUAUAAGGGGGUUUGUGGAGGGUGAGAGGUCUCAAACUGUAUCCCAGGGUGAGGGAGCCCUCAUCCAUGCACCACGGAUACACAGCUUCCCCAGGCCCCAGAUCACCUGGUUCAGAGAUGGGCGUAAGAUUCCCUCAAGCAGUCGUAUUGCCAUCACCCUGGACAACACGCUGGUAAUCCUGUCCACAGUGGCACCAGAUGCAGGACGUUACUAUGCCCAAGCAGUCAACGAUAAGAAUGGGGAGAACAAAACCAGUCAGCCUGUCACGCUCACAGUGGAGAAUGUGGGAGGACCGGCAGACCCCAUUGCCCCCUCCAUCAUCAUCCCCCCAAAGAACACCAGUGUAACAGUGGGAAGAAACGAAGCUGUCAUGGAGUGUGUUGCUAAUGCAAGACCCCUAGUCAAAAUGACUAUUACUUGGAGGAAAGACGGGGUGGUGGUGAAUACAGGCAUCCGAGAUUUUGGCCGUAGACUGGUCAUCAGUUUGCCAGCAGUCAGCGACAGUGGCUACUAUGAGUGUGAGGCGUCACUCCGCAGUAGCAGCGUCCCCUCAGUCACAGCUGGGGCCUACCUGCAUGUUCUCGAAUAUCCUCUUUUCACAAAAGAGCCGCCAAGUCACAUCACCGCAGAAAUGGAGAAGGUGGUGGAUAUCCCCUGUCAGGCACGAGGAACGCCGCAGCCAGACAUAGUCUGGUAUAAAGAUGCCGUACCCAUCAGCCCAGUGAAGAUCCCCAGGUACAGGGUGUUGGUAGGAGGCAGCCUACAGAUCAAUGGUCUCCUACCAGAUGACACAGGGAUGUUUCAGUGUUUUGCCCGCAAUCUUGCGGGAGAGAUCCAGACAAACACCUAUCUAGCUGUAACAAGUAUUGCUCCCAACAUCACCGCUGGCCCCUCUGACAGCGCAGUGAUUGACGGCAUGUCAGUUAUUCUGCAUUGUGAGACCUCAGGAGCUCCACGGCCAGCCAUCACCUGGCAGAAAGGUGAACGUGUCUUGGCCAGUGGCUCGGUCCAGCAGCCUAGGUUUACCCUGCUGGAGUCGGGCAGCUUGCUCAUUAGCCCCUCCCACCUGUCUGAUGCUGGGACCUACACCUGCAUGGCCAGUAACUCAAGGGGCAUUGAUGAGGCCUCGGCUGACAUAGUGGUCUGGGCACGAACUCGCAUCACUAAACCACCACAAGACCAGAGUGUCAUCAAAGGAACUAAGGCUGUUAUGACCUGCAGUGUGACCCAUGAUCCCAGCGUCACUGUAAGGUAUGUGUGGGAAAAGAGUGGCUCCGUGAUCGAUGUGAAUGCAUCGCCCCGCCUGCGCCUGGAUCCAGAUGGGACCCUGCACAUCUCCCAGACGUGGUCGGGUGACAUUGGUACAUACACCUGCAGGGUAACCUCAGUGGGUGGCAACGACUCCCGCAGUGCCCAUCUCCGAGUCAGACAGCUGCCCCAUGCUCCAGAAAACCCAGUGGCAGUUCUAAGCACCACAGAAAAGAGGGCCAUCAACCUCACAUGGGCCCAGGCAUUUGAUGGCAACAGCCCCCUGAUCCGCUACAUCCUGGAGGUCUCAGAAAACAAUGCCCCGUGGACGGUGCUGCUGGCCAACAUUGAGCCUGAGUCCACCGGGGUGACUGUCGGUGGCCUUAUCCCGGCACGUUCGUACCAGUUCCGCCUGUGUGCCGUCAAUGACGUAGGCAGAGGCCAGUUCAGCAAAGAGACAGAUCGAUUAACUCUCCCUGAGGAGCCUCCCAGUGCUCCCCCUCAGACGGUCAUUGCAAGUGGCCGCACCAAUCAGUCCAUCAUGAUCCAAUGGCAGCCACCACCAGAGAGCCACCAGAACGGUCCUCUCCAAGGCUACAUCAUCAGGUACUGUCUGUCAGGGCUUCCAGUGGACUGUCAGAUAAAAAACAUCACCAACCCAGACCAGACCAGCCUGCUCCUGGAGGACCUCAUCAUCUGGACCAACUAUGAGAUUGAGGUGGCGGCCUACAAUGGAGCGGGCAGGGGUACCUUCAGCCACAAAGUCACAGAGUGGACUCUGCAAGGAGUGCCCACUGUGCCACCAGGAAAUGUACAAGCAGAGGCUGUCAACUCCACCACAGUGCGUUUUACCUGGAGUGCCCCGAGCCCUCAGUUUAUCAAUGGAAUCAACCAGGGAUAUAAGCUCUUGGCCUGGGAACCCAGUCGUGGAAAUGAGGUCACUGUUGUAACAGUGCGCCCCAACUUUCAGGACAGUGUUCACGUUGGUUACAUUUCUGGCCUUAAAAAGUUCACAGAAUACUACACUUCGGUUUUAUGCUUCACUACUCCUGGAGAUGGACCUCGCAGUCCACCUCAGUGGUUACGCACCCAUGAGGACACCCCUGGUGCUGUGGGACACCUUAGUUUCACUGACAUCUUAGACACCUCACUAAAAGUCAGCUGGAAGGAACCACAAGAGAAAAAUGGAGUUCUUACGGGAUUUCGGAUCUCAUGGGAGGAGUUCAACAGGACCAACACCAGAGUGACCCAUUAUUUACCCAACCUCACUCAGGAGUACAAGGUCACCGGGCUCACUGCCCUCACUACCUACACCAUUCAGGUGGCAGCCAUGACUUCCAAAGGCCAGGGACAGCUUUCUGCUUCCACAAUAUCCUCUGGUGUACCACCAGAGUUGCCUGGUCCUCCCACCAAUUUAGCCAUCUCUAACAUCGGCCCUCGCUCUGUCACCCUGCAGUUCAAACCUGGUUAUGAUGGCAAGACAUCAAUUUCUCGAUGGCAGGUGGAAGCUCAGAUUGGUAUAAUUGGAGAGAAUGAAGAGUGGCUGAUGGUUCAGCAGCUGGCUAAUGAACCUGAUGCUAGAUCACUGGAGGUCCUGGAUCUGAACCCUUAUACUUUCUACAGGUUUAAGAUGCGUCAGGUAAACAUUGUGGGCACCAGUCCUUCCAGUCAGCCCUCCAGAAAGAUCCAAACCCUGCAGGCCCCUCCUGACAUCUCACCUGCAAAUGUUACCCUGCGCACAGCCAGUGAGACCAGCUUGUGGCUACGCUGGAUGCCUCUUCCAGAGUGGGAGUAUAAUGGCAAUCCAGAUCUUGUUGGCUACCGCAUCCAGUACUCCAAAGCGGGGUCUAAAGGGGGAGUUCUUUCCCAUGUCAUUAUGGACCGGAUGGAGAGAGAGUUCACUAUAGAGGACCUGGAAGAGUGGACAGAGUAUGAGGUCAGAGUUCAGGCUGUUAAUGGGAUUGGCUCUGGACCCUGGAGCCAAGCAGUCCAUGGCAGGACCAGAGAGUCUGUGCCUUCCAGCGGCCCCAUGAAUGUAUCAGCAUUUGCCACCACCUCUAGCAGCAUCCUUGUGCGGUGGGGAGAGGUCCAAGAAACUGACCGUAAUGGACUUAUCCUGGGCUAUAAGGUUGUGUAUAAGGAGAAAGACUCAGACAUAGCUCCCAACUUCUGGACAGUUGAGGGCAACACUAGUCACAGUGUCCAGCUGAGUGGUCUUGGCAAGUAUGUCCUCUUUGAGAUCCAGGUCCUGGCCUUUACUCGAAUAGGAGAUGGAAGGACCAGCUCACCGCCCAUCCUAGAGAGGACCUUGGAUGAUGUGCCAGGCCCCCCAGUCGGCAUCCUGUUCCCAGAAGUUAGAACCACCUCAGUGAGGCUCAUCUGGCAACCUCCUGCACAGCCCAACGGCAUUAUACUGGCUUAUCAGAUCACAUUCAGAAGAAACUCUUCAAAUAGCAAUGCCGCCACUGUAGAUGUACUGAGCCCCAGCGCACGACAAUACACAGCAACUGGACUGAAACCAGAAAUGGUUUAUGUAUUCCGACUCACUGCUCAAACACGAAAAGGUUGGGGGGAGGCUGCUGAGGCGCUGGUUGUCACAACAGAAAAGAGAGCUCGACCCCAACCCACCAGCCGUCCCAUAGUGCCACAAGAAGAAGUCCAGGCGCGCAGAGUGCUGUUGUCAUGGGAACCAGGCAGCGACGGCCUGUCCCCAGUUCGUUACUAUACAGUUCAGUACAGAGAGCUGCCAGACAGCAACUGGACUGUCCACUCUGCAUCUGUCAGCCAUGAGACACACUCCUACAUCGUGGACAGGUUAAAGCCGUUCACGUCUUACCAGUUCCGAGUUAAAGCCACCAAUGAUAUUGGAGACAGUGAAUACAGUGAGGACAGUGAGGCCAUCACUACAUUACAGGAUGCCCCCGACAAAGCCCCGACGAUACUAUCUGUUACACCACACACCACCACAUCAGUAUUGGUCCGUUGGCAGCCUCCCUCUGAGGAUCACAUAAAUGGAGUCUUGCUGGGGUUCAGGGUCAGAUAUCGGGAGUUACACUAUGAUAGACUACGCAGCUUCUCUGUCCGCACGGUAAACAGCCCCUCUGCAAACUGGGCUGAUCUCACAGCUCCAUACAGCGUCAGAAACUUGAGUGAAUCAUCUCUAACCCAAUAUGAACUGGACAAUUUGAGUAAACACAAGCGCUAUGAGAUCCGUCUCAGCGUGUAUAACGCUGUGGGGGAGGGUCCUAGCAGCGCACCACAAGAAGUGUUUGUAGGGGAGGCAGUCCCAACAGCCCCUCCCCAAAAUGUGGUGGUGCAAUCUUCAACAGCGACUCAGCUGGAUGUUACAUGGGACCCACCUCCUCUAGAUGCUCAGAAUGGAGACAUACAGGGUUACAAGAUUUAUUUCUGGGAGUUCCAGCUCCAGAAUGAGACGGAGCGCCUGCGCACUCUGUUUCUACCAGAGCUCGGGGUGAAGCUUAAAAACCUGACAGGCUACACCACCUACAUGAUCAGCGUGGCAGCCUUCAAUGCUGCAGGGGACGGGCCCCGUUCCUUGCCCACCAGAGGGCGCACUCAGCAAGCAGCACCAAGUGCUCCCAGCUACAUCCACUUCAGUGAGCUGACCACCACCUCGGUCAAUGUGUCCUGGGGAGAGCCCAAACAGGCCAAUGGUAUCAUCGAAGGCUACCGCCUGGUUUAUGAGCCCUGCACUCCAGUCGACGACUCCUCUCCUCGCACUCCAGGUGUCAGUAAGAUAGUGACUGUAGAUGUGAAGGGCAGCGCUCCUCUGUGGAUGAAGAUCAAAGACCUGGCUGAUGGAGUCACAUAUAACUUUCGCAUUCGGGCUAAAACGCUAACCUACGGACCCGAGGUGGAGGCCAACAUCACCACUGGGCCUGGAGAAGGCGCUCCAGGCCCUCCUGGAGAACCCUUUAUUUCUCGAUAUGGCUCUGCCCUCACACUGCAUUGGACAAGUGGUGAUCAGGGCCGUGCACCCAUCACACGAUACGUCAUCGAGGCCAGACCUUCUGAUGAAGGAUUGUGGGAUAUUCUUAUCAAAGAUAUUCCAAAAGAAGUGACAUCCUACACACUUAAUCUAGACAUGCUACGAGAAGGUGUCACCUAUGACUUUCGAGUAAUUGCUGUCAACGAUUAUGGCUAUGGCUCCCCCAGCGCCCCAUCCCCUUCCAUAUCAGCUCAGAAAGUGUCUCCUUUUUAUGAAGAGUGGUGGUUCUUGGUGGUUAUUGCUCUAGUUGGCCUCAUCUUCAUCCUCCUUCUUGUUUUCAUCCUCAUUAUCCGAGGCCAGAGUAAAAAAUACACCAAAAAAGCUGACUCAGGUAACCACUCCAACUGCACAGCAAUGCCUCUGACCCAUGGAGAGAUGGUGCGCCUGGAUGAGGGACGCUUUCCAGCCUUGGAGCUUAACAACAGACGUCUCUCAGUGAAAAACUCCUUCUGCCGCAAAAAUGGCAUCUACACCCGAUCACCUCCAAGACCUAGUCCUGGAAGUCUGCACUACUCUGAUGAGGAUGUCAGCAAUAAGUAUAAUGACCUGAUCCCCGCUGAGAGCAGCAGUCUGACCGAAAAACCCUCAGAGAUAUCUGACUCUCAGGGCAGCGACAGCGAAUAUGAAAUGGAUCAGAGCCGGCAGAAGACCCACUCCUUUGUCAACCACUACAUCAGCGACCCCACUUACUACAACUCCUGGCGGCGCCAGCAGAAGGGCGUCUCUCGUCCGCCUGCGUACGGCUACUCCCAGCCCGAGCCCCUGGUGGAACAAGAGUCCCGCCAGCACCCACCGCCCGUGCCCCCUCUACCUCCUCUCGUCCCCCAGAGUGCCCCAUCCCCACAGCCCCAGUGCCAGGGUCAGGGCACUAUGUUCAGGCCGAAGGGAAGCCGGACUCCCACCCCCUCCCUGCUGUCCUCCGAACCCCCCAGCCAGCACAGCACCCUCUACCGGCCCCCCAGCAGCCUGGGCUGUGCCGCUCAGGCACCUACCGCAGGCUUCUCCUCUUUUGUUUGACACACAGCUUUCCUUCAUAUAACAACAGGACCCUGAGGACGAGUCUUUGAUUUAGUUGUUGGUUUAUUUGUAAUUUGUUCUUUUUUUUUAUUUAAUUUUAAUCUUUUGUUCUGUCUUACAGACAGAGUCUUUGCUCAAUAUUAAGCAUUGCAGGCAUCUUUAAUAGUGCUUUCUCCUCUGUGAAGAGUGUGUAUGUAUGACUGUGUUUAGCGCGUGUGGUUGGUCAAUCUAUGUAAUCUGUAUUUUAUGGAAAGACAAUCAUUUGAGGAUUUUUGUGCAUUGCUUUGGUAAAUUUAUUUGAAUGAUCAACCAUAUAAACAAGGUAGAAGAGAACUGAAAGUUCUGAAAAAAAUCCUUGUUUUAAAAAUACUGUAUUAUUGUUUAUCAUGAGAGCUUUAUGAAAAACAACCACCUUAGAUCCAUAUAGAGUAUGGACCACUUGGCUUGCUGAGACUGGACAACAGAAAACCAACUCUGAUGGAAUAAAUGUUUGACAAAGGAUGAACUGAUAGUGAGGAGUGGACUCUGACUUGGAGGGAGGCACUAGUGCUCACUGUGGCCCUCGGCUGCCUUUGACUUUCUCACUCUGCCUAGUCAUUGUUGGAGCUGCAGUAUGUGUUUACUAUAUGUACUUGUCUCAUUUUGUUUACCAGAUAUUUAUAUCAAUCAGCUUCAAGCUCAACAGUUUCCAAACAUCACUAGUGACAAUGUUAUGAAUCACAUUAAAGCAUUGUGGCACCUUUAUAGUAGUCUGAGGAUGUUGAUUGUGUGCUGGUGCUCAUGUCACUGUGAUUGAGUAACUGUCAUCAUAUGCAUACGUUUGCUGUUGUCUUUUUCACGGGAAAUUACCAAAUGCACAAACCGGCUUGGUUCUAAUAAGAUGAUAUUGCAACCACAUAAAAUUUAUGCUAUAAAAAAUGAUCAGCUAAAAAAGCAAUAACUCAACUUCAUUGGGUUACUAAAGAAUAAUUGUAAAUCCAGGUGAUGUUGAGUUUCAUAACAGUAACAAAACUGAAGUGUAUUUCUUUUAGAAUUUCUUAACUAAUUAUGAAAUUGGCCUCUUGCAAAUGGCAAAAGAUUAUGACAGCUUGUAUUAUAUUUAUAUAUUGCAGUCUUAUUUUACGAAAAGUCCAAUCUAUGGAUGGAAAAAAACGGAACAGAGGUAUUAUGUAUAAAACCAUCACUACAGAUUGUCACAUGAUGUGUGUCAACAUGUUACAGGGAAGCAAAGCAUUCAUUUGAUUUCUGAAACUGUGUCUAAUGCUAAAAAGACACACAUGAGUCUGUUAUGUUUGUUACAACAUGCUGAACAUGCAGAUUUUUACAAAGGAUUGCAUGGGAAAUGCCCAUUGUAAAUAAACUAAUCGCAUCUAUUAAUGUCCAAUGUCAACAUGUAUACACUGCACAAUGUAGGAACCAAUAUGGACCUAUUAAUGGUAGCUGUCUAAAAUAAAUUCUUCUAUUUUCUGA